UUGGCUUAACCGCCACAUUACACAUCUCCCAGCAUUGCAAACCCCUCAUCAUCAACACAUCAAAAUGACAGAAUCUCAAGCGUGGGUAUUUGCUCAACGAGGUCUGCCAUGGGACGUCCUCAAUCUCACAAGUCAACCCAUUCCAACUUUACCACCUCCUCUUCCCCUACCAAAAGACGUACCAAAUCCAGAAGAAUGGAUUCUUAUCAAAGUGGCCUUCGUAGGCUUGAAUCCAGGCGCAAUCUUCCAAAUGACUCUCGUUCCACCGUUUCUUCGAAAGUCGGCUUGUGUUCCUGAGAUGGACUUCUCAGGCACAGUGAUCGAUGUCUGGCAUCCUGAUGAUGUAUCCGGAUUAGCACAGUCGAGGAGAUUCAAUAAGGGUGACAAGGUUCUUGCUAUGCUGCCAGCUAGCCACACAUUACCCACUGGAACAGGUGCCUUGGCCGAGUAUGUUCGGCUUCCAGCUAGAUAUGCUGUGAAGAAGCCAGAGGGCGUGAGCUUUGCUGAUGGAGCUGGAUGCUUACUGCCAGGUUUAACGGCACGACAGCUCGUGAAUGAGUCGGGUGCAAAGACAGGCGAUCGUGUUUUGGUCAACGCAGCAAGCGGUGGAAUAGGAUCCCUUGUUAUUCAGAUGUUACGGAAUGUUGUUGGGCCCGAUGGAUACAUCGUUGGUAUCUGCAGCGGAAAGAACCUCGAGUUGGUUAAAAGUAUUGGUGCGAAUGAAGUUAUCGACUAUACUCAGCAUGACCCCCUUUCCAAGCACCUCACCGAAAGAUUCUCAUCAGAACCAUUCAACACCAUCAUCGACACCCUAGGCCACCAAGCACUGUAUCUCGCCUCGCCCUCCUACCUCGUACCCGAUGGCAACUAUUCUUCCGUUGGCAUCAAACCACCCACCUUCUUCGUCCCAGACUUCCUCCGCGCCGUGCUGCAGAUGAAACUCAACGAAUGGUGGCCAGUAUCACCAUGGCUCGGUGGUGCUGGACGAAGAUGGCUGGGUACAUCUAUGAUGAGCCCUACACUUGAGGAUCGUCAGGCUGUCGCUGACAUGUUGGGGCGUGGCGAUAUACAACUGGUCAGAGAUAGUAUCUGGCCGUUUUCGGAGACUAAGGAAGCUUACAGGAAGCUUGGUGGACUUCACGCCAGGGGGAAGAUUCUUGUCAGGGUAGAUGAUAAAGUUGGCGAUGAUGACUGUUAGCUUUGAUUCGUCCAUAGGUUCUGAUAGUACACUCCGCUCUUUGUUCCCUCAUUCGACUCAAAAUGACAAGAAAGUACGUUGAAGUUAUCUUUCGUGUCUUUUUCUUCCUUGGUUAGUCACCUAGUAGCUACUCCUUGGCUGCGAAAGACCACAGGUUUUCAAUCGAUCAAAGAGAAAUUGUAUGUACAAGGUUAGUAAAAAACAAACCUUGAGACUGAAUGAUAUAUUGUCUGAGGAAGAAGUUGCUUACAAUACUCUUAAGUAUAAAUCUUUGCCUUAGCUUCUCACCUUGAUAGUUUUGACUCCUGCUCAUCAGCAUAGUAUCUUUUCUACUUCACCUUUCUGAAGCUUAUAUCCAAUAUUUCUCAUACUUUGGCCUCUGAACCCUUUGCAAAAGGUUCUCGGCCUCUAAUAUGACCUUAGCACUAAUCAAGCG